GGGCUGCGACAGGUGAGCGGCGCCGCGCGGCGGGCGGGGAUGGCGGAGCAGUGGGAUCUGGACGAGGAGGGCGUCCGCCGCCUGGGGGCGCUGACCCUGGAGCAGCCCGAACUGGUGGAGUCUCUUUCAUUGCAGGGAUCUUAUGCUGGAAAAAUCCAUUCCAUUGGUGAUGCCUUCAGAAAUUUUAAAAACCUCCGAUCCUUAGAUUUAUCAAGAAAUUUGAUAACUAGCCUGAAGGGCAUCCAGUAUUUAUGUUCACUCCAAGACCUGAAUUUAUAUUAUAACAACAUUCCUUCAUUAGUGGAGGUGUCCCGCCUACAGCCUUUACCCUUCCUCAAAGAACUAGAUUUGAGACUCAAUCCUGUUGUCAGGAAAGAUACAGAUUAUAGGCUCUUUGCUGUGUACACGCUACAAACCCUGGAGAAACUGGAUGACAGAACUGUACGAGAAAGUGAGAGAAAAGCUGCCAAGCUGCAUUUUAGUCAGUUGGGCAACAGUGAAAAUUUUCUUUUAGAGGUGGAAAAAAGCUCUAGGGAGAAGACAAUGAAAAACUCUGUGACAGAUGAGAGCUCUGUAUCAAAAGUCAGUGCUGAUGUUAACAACAGGAUUGAAACUGACUCAAACAAAGGACUUUUUAUUCCCUUCCCCAACCGGGAAAUAAAAGAUUCCCUAAUGAAUACUUCUGCAACCCAGGGCAAUGGUAUACCAGAUCAGAAAUUAGACACUUUUCCACUUGGGACACAGAUGCAGGAAGUGGCAAGAAGGGAGAUGCCAAGUGACAAUCACCAGGAGGAUGAAUUCAGACACUACUCGCCUCGUCAGUCCACAGUCCGAUCCCCGGAGAAGAUGGCUAGAGAAGGAUACCGAAUGUCUUUUUUGGAAAAUAAGUCUUCAGGUUCUUCUCCAGAAAAGGACUUGGUACUAAAACCUGAUACAUAUCAGCUUAACCAUAAUGCCUCAUUGGGUAAACGCCUGGAUGUGGGUGAUUCUAGCCAGAUUCAUCCCUGUCAGUUACCUUCAGAUGUUGGUCUAGAAAAUUAUGAUAGUCAUUUUUCUCAAACUCUAUCGCUGCACGGAAGUCUUGGUAAAAGGCCUCAGAGAAACAAGAACUACCGAGAAUAUAGCAUAAAGCCUUCAAAUGACAUGAAGGCUGCCACAUCCCAUUCCUGUGGAGACUUAAUGACUUCUCUGUCAAACUUUGACUCCAGCGCUGGAAGGCUUUUGAAGCUCAGUUCAGAUCUGUAUGCCACAACCCAUUUCAACAGUGACCCUGCUCUGCUGGUCAAUGUAGAGCAACAGUUGUCCACAAGCCUCACUGAUUUAACACCAGCACGUGGUUCUUUCCCAAACAACUCUAUCUUGGGAGACUCUCUGCGGACACUGCUGUUGCCCUCUAGGACUUCAGAAAACCGAGAGAGUUUGACCAAGAGAUCAUUAAGCCCAUCGAGGAGAGGAUUCAAACGGAAGGACAACAUCCUUGCCACCCUGAAUCCAAAGCAUGGUUUCAGAGAUCCUACAGGCAGCGAGCCUCUCUCUAGUGACCUGGGCAGUAUGGAUGGUUUGCCAGGAAACCACAGUCCCCCGAUCUCUGCCAGAACCUCCCAUGUGGCCACUGUCCUCAGACAGCUCCUGGAGCUUGUGGAUAAGCACUGGAACGGCUCCGGCUCCCUCCUCAUUAACAAGAAGUUUCUCGGUCCUGCCCGAGAUUUGCUUCUGACUUUGGUAGUCCCUGCUCCUUCUCAGCAGUGGUGUCACGCACAUCCAGAAGACACGUCAAAAGCCUUGCACAGGAGGGAAAUGGAACUGAAGGAGGCUGGGCAGGUGGUCCCUAAUGACACGGAAAGUUUGAAGCAAAAACUGGUCAGAGUGCUGGAGGAAAACCUUAUUUUGUCAGAAAAAGUCCAGCAGUUGGAGGAAGGUGCUGCCACCUCAAUUGUGAGUGGGCACCAGUCCCACACUUACGAUGAUCUUCUACGCAAAAACCAACAGCUGAACAUGCAGGUGACUUGCCUGCACCAGGAGCUUGCCCAGCUGAAAAAGCUGGAGGAGACAGUGGCCCUUCUCCAUGAAAGUCAGAGAUCCCUGGUGGUAACUAAUGAGUAUCUGCUGCAGCAGCUGAAUAAAGAGCAAAAAGGUUAUUCUGGGAAAGCACUCCUGCCUCCUGAGAAGAGUCAUCACUUGGGAAGAUCGUCACCCUUUGGGAAAAGCACGCUGUCUUCCUCCUCACCAGUGGCACAUGACACGGGAUACUGAUUAGGGUGGUCGGCGCCGGGGUCUCCUACCGGCUUCUACUUCGUGGCUGCUCCUGCAAUGCGCGUUCGACGGACAGGACGAAAAGAAUGGACCGACGGACGCUGGAGACCAGGCGGCUCCGCAGCUCUGCUCCCUGCCGGCUCUGGGGCGGGACUGCAGCCCGGGCGGUUCCACCGUAUUAUCCCCUGUUUCUCGGUCUCCAUAGAGACGGCCAGUCCCACCCCCGGGGCUGUCUCGGCGGGAGAGUGACCAAGGUCACGCUGGCUCCACCCACCGGACCCCACCCUCUCCACGCUCCGCGGGGGCGGAGCUGCUGUGAUAAACUCAUCGCGCUGCUCUCAGGGCUGCUCUGCGGCCUUCGCGGCUGAGACCAGCUCUCUGCAGUUCUGGACGUCCUUGGAUGGACCCCCUAACGAGAAAAGAGCCCCCUAUCCUAGGCACCGCCCAAAGUCCAAAGCAGACCCCCACCUCCAGGGGAUCCAGCUUCCCAGAGCCGCAACCGAAGGCUUUUGGGGAGCUGGCGGGGAGGGGGGGCGGGGACAGAGAGGAGCAGGAAAAUCCCUUCCCUCAGUGACAGUAGGGUCUAGAGCUGGCUCAAGAUCACAGGUCUCCAAUGAACGUGUGGCAUCCCCAGGUCACAACUCUGGAGCACUGGGGGAGAGAAGGUACAAUGAGCAAAUCACGAGUGCCUAACCCCAGAAGCCUGGUACACCCACGGCGAUCCUGCCGCCAGGGAAAAGCUCCUGGACCUCCCGGGUCUGCGUCCUCCUCUAUUCCCACUCCAUCCCGGUGUUGCCCUCGCAGUCUGUGCUCUCGCUGCUGCCUCCCGGGAGCCCAAAGUGUGUUUCCCCUUAUGUCUCCAAGCUCAAACUCUGUCUUCAAGUGCUCCUCCAGGCAGCCUUCCAGGACCUUUCCUAACCAGGAGCCCCGUACCUGAGCACCUCGGGUCCUCGUGUACCUCCAUAUGACAAUCUGCGUGGCCACCCACUGUUCAGAGGCCUACACUAGCCUCUGCCGUUAGGCCGACUGGUAACGGUCCGGUUCCAGGAGGGCCCGUGACCCUUUCUAUUAAGAAAGUAUGCACUACGUCCGCAAAA